AUGUUGAAAGCUAGGAACCGUCGUAAUGCUAUUGUCAUGAUCAGAACGGAGUCCGGUGUAAUUGAGGGUGUUGAAGAUGUGAAGACGGAAAUAAAGAAUCACUUUGUGUCAAUAUUUACGGAGGAGAAGAUGCAAAGGCCAAAUUUGGAUAAUUUGGAAUUCAAGUCUCUGUCAGAUGAAGAUAGAUUGGGUUUAGAGGAAGAAUUCACUAGGGAAGAAAUUAUGGAGGUGGUUUUCGAGUGUGAUGGGGAUAGAAGCCCAGGUCCAGACGGUUUUAACUUAGCAUUCAUAAAGAAAUGUUGGAACAUAGUGGGGGAUGACAUUACUGAGUUCAUCUUGGAAUUCCAUUCUUAUGCCAAGCUUCCUAAGGCUGUGAUUUCAUCAUUUAUCGAUUUGAUACCGAAGGUGGACAAUCCUCAAGAGCUUGUGAUUUUCGUCCAAUCUGUCUUAUUGGGUGUUUAUACAAAAUUAUAUCGAAACUGUUAG